GCAAGAAAGGGCAAUGGGAUUUCGCAUCGGUCUGUAAUCAUCGAGAACAUUUGAAUUAUCGAUCAAGUUUGGCGAUGGGUAUUCAAGGGUUGUUGCCGCUUCUGAAAUCAAUCAUGAAUCCGAUUCACAUUAAGGAUCUGGAGGGUUGUUUCGUUGCCGUCGAUACGUAUUCUUGGCUGCACAAAGGCGCCCUUUCUUGCAGCACUGAGCUCUGCAAAGGCCAGCCCACAUCCAAGCACAUUAACUACUGUAUGCAUAGGGUGAAUAUGCUACGUCAUUACGGUGUCAAACCCAUUCUUGUGUUUGAUGGGGGUCCUCUACCAAUGAAGAACGAGCAAGAGAUUAAGCGAGCAAGGUCUAGAAGAGAAAACCUUUCCCGUGCUAUGGAACAUGAGUCAAAUGGAAAUCUAAAGGCUGCAUUUGAAAGCUACCAGAAGGCUGUUGAUAUAUCACCUUCAAUUGCUUAUGACCUUAUUCAGGUCUUAAAGCAAGAAAAUAUUGCUUAUGUUGUUGCACCUUAUGAGGCAGAUGCACAAAUGACAUUUUUGGCAGUCAGCAAACAUGUUGAAGCUGUUAUAACAGAAGAUUCAGAUUUAAUUGCAUUUGGUUGCCCAAGAAUCAUCUACAAAAUGGAUAAAUUCGGGCAAGGUGUUGAGUUUAAGAGUGCCAUGCUGCAACACAACAAAGAACUAAAUUUAGAGGGAUUCACCCAAAUGAUGCUGUUGGAGAUGUGCAUUUUAAGUGGGUGCGACUAUCUGCCAUCUCUCCCAGGAAUGGGCCUGAAAAAAGCUCACGCUCUGAUGAAGAAGUUUAAAAAUCACGAGAAUGUCAUCAAGCACUUGAAAUACAACAGCGUUGAUGUAACUCCACUUUAUGAGGAAUCAUUCAAGAAAGCAAUUUUGACUUUCAAGCAUCAACGCGUUUAUGAUCCUAUUAGUGACGAUAUUGUACAUCUGUCUGAGCCAGUUGCCAUUGCUGAUGAAGAUUUAGACUUCUUAGGCCCGUCAUUGCCCCAGCAUGUGGCUAAAGGCAUUGCAGAAGGAGACAUAGAUCCUAUCACUAAAGAUCCCAUUCAAAUAGAAUCUGGUGCUGCUGAAAAGACACUUCAAGCAACUUACCAGCUCAAGUUUUUCAAGCCUGACGGUGAAAGGAAGAAGAUUGAUUUGCCUGUGCAGAAAAAUAUUCUCACAAACUACUUCUGCUUUGCUUCUCUUGAGGCAAAGAGGAAAUUCAGGGCCCCUCGAAGUGUACCAAAUGAAAACAACAACAAAUCUUCCAGUCCUAGCCUAGGUUUACAUGAGGAAAAGCAUGGCUCUGAAACUGAUGAUUUGAAGGUUUUGGGGGAACAUAAUCACGGGCCACUUAGCAAGAGAGGAGUCAUGGGAGAUAAAGAAAUGCUACCACUUACAUCACUGCAAAAUUCAGUGUGUAAGCCUUGUAUCUCCUUGCACAAGGAUCUUGACUCUAAUCAAGAAAAUGGAAAGGCGACAUCAGGAAAUAAAAAUGUUAUAGUGAGAAGCUCAUAUUUUAUGAAAAAACCUAACGAAGAGACAGGGAAGGAAAAUGAGAGUGAUGUGUACAACAGUAGUGAUAACAAAAUCGACACAGUUGCAUCUGAGAAAACAUGCAAAACGGAGGAGAAGAGAAUCACUUUACGUAGUCCUUAUUUUCGGCCCAGCAUCAAGCAAAAUGCUAAUGGUCAGACAAGCAAUCUUUUCGAGAAGUACUCCUUCCAGGCUCGCAGUUCAAACUUGUCUGACGUAGACAAUGAUGGUGAGUCAAAAAAAAUAGUCGAGUACCCAAAACACAGAGUGAGGAGUUCUUUUUUCAAAGAAACUUCUGUAAAUGAGAAUCACCUUUCCAAAGACAAGACAAUCAGUGGCGUUGCUGAUGAGUCUCACAAUAACAGUCACCAGGGGCUGUCAACUGAUGAUUCAUUAGAAUGCACGGCAAAGAAAAGAAAGUUAGCUCAAACUGAAAGUCCAAGUGAUGCAAAUGAUAACAACUGGAGAUCAGGUUACUCUUCCGAUCCCGAGGAUGAAGAGACACCUCAAGAUGGAAAGUUUGGCUCCGAUAUUAGUCAUUUGGGGCGUUAUUCUAAUAUAGCAGAGAAAUCAAUGGAAAAGUUUGUAGCAGUGAUAUCAUCAUUUAGAUACAGUGCAUCUGGCUCUCGUGCUAGUGGUCUUCGUGCCCCUCUAAAAGAUAUAAAGAACAACUUCAAGCGAAGGAGAUCUAUACAAUGAAGCUCAACCCUUCACAUUUAUCUGAGGAAACUUGUUUAUGCAUCCCCAGAAGCAUCAAGAUACCAUAAAGCUUAAAGUUUUAAGUUUUGGUCCAAAUGCAUCAAUAUAAAAGGGCUCAGUUAGAGAUCUGAGAUGCAUGUUCAUUGCUGCUGCUUCUUGCUUCCAUUCACACAAAUGUCAAGAAAUCCAGAAGUCCAUGAUAUUUUGUUCAAUAUCUAUGAAUUCCUACCUCAAGCAUAGUGGUAACCUUAGUUAGGUGUGCCCUCAUCAUCAUCCAGAUAUUGUAACUUAAAUUUUUGUUCAGAAAAAAGGAAAUUACUUUUUCCUAGUCCUAUUGAAAACCUUUGCAAACUCUUAUG